CUAUAACCUCAAGAUAGCCUGCAGGUAGACACACAACAUGACGAGAGCGAGUGUAUCAUGGGACACUAUAGGCCCUUUCCUCGUGUGGCAAUUUUUAAUACCACUGGCUGCUGGCUGGGCGCACAGCAUUCUUUACAGCAUCUUUAUUCGUGCUGGUGAUCCCAAGCCGCAACCUGGCUCCGCGCGCUUUAUCAAGCACCGCCGACAGAUCCUCAUCGCUGUCUACGCCGCAUACUUCGCUUUCACCAUCUACGAAGUCGACUUCAACCUGCAACGUUCGAGUAACGCAUACAACGACCUCGGCGUACCGAUCAACGUUGACGAGAGUGGUCUGAACUCGCGUUUCAGGAAGCUCACUAUACGAUUCCACCCUGAUAAGAUCGCGGCGGGCGUCAACAGGGACGCUGCGAAUGCAUACUACAUUCACUUGAAGCACGCACGCGACGUCAUUCUGGACCCCGCGAAGCGCUUUGCAUAUGAUCGAUUUGGACCAGACAUCUUCAGGCAGUGUCAGUCAUGUCUGACUGUCAAGGACUAUGUUGACAGCGCUCUGCUGAGUGCUCUGACGAAUUACGGCGUCCUGCUGGUCUUCCUGAUUGGUGCAAAUGCACUCGGCUUCCUCAAAGAUGGCUCAUACUGGCGUUACUUUGGGCUUCUUGCAGUUGCGACCUUCGAAGUACGCACAGCGAUGCGACCAGACCAUCCCUCGAUCCUCACCAAAUACUUGAACCCCUUGGUGGCAUCCUUCAACCUGCGCCCCGCCUACUUGCCCUUUCAGGUCAUCGCCAUCGCUAAGAAGGCCUCGAUAUCAGCCGCCCAGUUCCUGGCUUUGCUUAUGCCUCUGUAUCGCAUCGAUCCUGCGCACCCCACGCAGCCCACAGACGAUACCGAGAACACCCAAUACCAGCAGCUCGACCGUCUGAGCGCAUUUGUGGCCGAGUGCAAUAAAGAUGCCUCGCGAUUGCUGGAGCUCGAGUCGACACCAUACAGGGACAACGAAAGAGCGAAGGGCGAGCUUAGAGAAGCGCUGAAGAAGUACAUGGUGCAGAAUGUGGUACAUCAGGAGAAAGAAGUACGCAAUGCUAUUGGGCAGAGCAUGGUGAGAAGGAGAACUGGUGCGCCUCAUGGUGCGCAGGGUACGAAAUAGACGAGCAGGUGUCAAAUCCAUGUUGAUUGUGUGCUGGUAUUCCAACUUCCACUGCAUUUGUACUUUAUCGCUAAUUCUCCGAGCAUUCUAGAGGGUUUUCUGACAGUAUUCUGAUUCACUGGAUGGCAGAAUUCGAACUCUAGUCUUUGUGAUUCUGGGGUCUUACGAAGCACCCUGGAGGUCUUCACAACACUGACCUACUCCACUGUUACUGGCACAGCAAUCUAUAGCCGGCUUCGGUGCCGCAAAGCAGAAGUGCUAACUGGACGUAUGAAUCGUCGAUCUGAUUGGUUCUUGGCGAUAUUUUAUCACGUGAGGGGCACAAGAAGGAAGGAGAAGCAGGUAGGUUGUGAAGAGAGGAGUAUUGUCAUGGGGGAAGGUACUAGUAGAAGGAGCACGGAGAAGGCGCGUUGUGCUGGGAAGGAUCAUUGCAACACUAACAACAAGUCUACAG